AUGCAUUGUUCACGUCAUUGUUUAGAAGUCAGCACUUUAAGUGCAAAAAAAUUGUUAUACUCACAUGCAAAAUAUUUCAAACGAUUUUAUGGUGAUGGUAUUAAAGUAACGAAAGCGAAAAAUAAAAAUUUAAUAAAUGAUAAACCAACGUUACGUAAUAAAUUACCAUUAAGUAUUCAAUCGUUAAUACAAGAGGCUGAAAUCGAAACGACCAUUGUAUCGAAUUUAGUGAAUUAUAAUUGUAAGCCACAAUUAAAUCGUGGUGAGAAUAAAUUCGAUGUUGUUGUCGAACAAAUUCGAAAUAAUGAUAAGAGUUCAUUAAUUUCGACGGAUGUUUACGAUGAAGAUAUUACUGAAAAUGAAGAUCAAACGACAGUCGUUUCAACACAAAGUAAACAGAAGAAAGGAAGGGAAGACACAACAAUUGAACAGGGGGCCAUUGAACAACUAUGCCAGGAAGAUGUCAACAAUGUCCUCGAAAAGUACGACAAUUCUAAAGUGAUGUGCGAACGUAGUGAUACUCCAAGAGAUGGAUCUACUACCAACGCUGAUAGCAUCCUCAAAUCAACGAAUGUUUCUUUUAACAUGCAAAAUAAUUUAGAAACUAGUCAAGAUUUAGAAUCGAGUAAUUUUGGCAAAGAAAUAUAUAAUAUUGAAUCUAAAACACAACAUCAAGAAGAUACUACCGAAAAUGACGAAAAAUUAAUUGAGGAUAUAUCACCUCUGAAAUUUGAACAUUUGUUAAAAAGAGAAAAUUUAUUAAAUAAAAAAUUAUUAGAAAAUAUAUCACCAUUGGAGGAUUUAUCAGUAAAUGUGCCUGUAAAAAAGGCAGAAGAAUUAAAAACAAAUUUUGCUAAUCAAAAGAAAGAAUUAGAACAAAUAGAAAAACAUCCACAUGAAUCAUCUUCAACCACAUCGGAAACAAGUAAGCAAAUCUUAUAUAAUCAAUCAGUUCUAAGACAUAAACCAGAAGAUGUUAUUAAACCUUUACCGCAUCGACAAAAUGUAAUGAAAUUUUUUGAUGACAAGUACAAUCGAACUAUGGAACCAUCACCACCAGUGAAAACAGAAUCCUCAAUUGGAACUGCUGAAAUGUUUUUUACAGAAGUAGUUAAUACUAAAAAAUUACCACUUGUUGACGAAGAAGACGAUUUGAAAACUGAAGAUCCAAAAAUUACUGAGAAUGAAACAAAAAUUGAACCAUUUCAAAAACUUACCUCAAACCAUUUACAUGGCCAGUAUAAACGGCAGGAACAAAAAAAUCAUACUAAUGAAAUCUUACGUCAUUUUAAGAAUAUGAUGAAUCCAAAGAAAGUAAGUAAAAUAAAUAUGAAGGAAAUUGUUUCGCCAAAACCGGAUCAUUUAGGUCAAAUGGUUGUUGAUUGUUUAAAUGGUAGUUUUACUGGAAAAAGUACUAUGAAAAAAUUAUCAUUAAAGCAGGUACAAAUGUUAGCUGAUGAAAUGAAUCAAAUUGCACAACAAAAACGUUUUGAACAACGAAAAUUUGUACCAUUUAAGGUAAAUCUACAAGAUUUGAAUGUAAAUCAACCAUCAUCACCACGUAAUGAAAUCAAUACUUCUAUUCCUGAAAUGAAAACGUUUGAAAUAAAUGCUAACCCUACGUUAAAUUCAUUUAAAAUUGAAGAGAAAACUGUAACAUCACCAAAUGUUGAUGAUAAUAAUACAAACAUAAAUAAUGAUACUUGGAGAAAAUGGUUCCAAAAAUCGAAAAACACUAAAGAAAAUAAUAAUAGUGAUAGCAAAAUUAUUGGAAAGAUGAUGCGACCAAUAAAACCACCAAUAGAAGGUCGGCGUGAAACGAUUGGUUUUAAACGUCCAUAG